AUGCUUUUUUUAUUACUAGUACAAAUCGUAUACAGUGGAUUAAUAGAAACACUUGAUUACUCUAUUAAUUAUCUGAACAUUGGUUAUACCACUUAAUUAACGUUUACUUUCAGACUUUAGAGUGGAUUAGGAAAGUCGGGGUAUUUGAGUCUUAAAAUCCCAUUCUAAAUUGAAGCCUCGGUUGUGAGCACAGUUCCACAAGGAGUUGAUGUGAUUUAUAAUGAAGUCAGCACUACUGAUUGUAGUCCAAUAUCAAAAUUUCCUGGAGCCUUAUAUAAAGAUAGUAAUGGAUGGUACCAUGUAAAAUUUCUCAAUUUAGAUGGGGAUUCAAGAGCUUUAGAAGCAAACACUUAUUAUAAAGUCAGCAUAUCAUCUAAAACUGCAUUUAGCAAUUAAGUGGCUUAAAUAUUAUCUCCAAUAGAGGCAUUAACAAUUUAAGAUUUCAGUGUAAAUAAUUGGAUAAAAUAUGAUUUCAAUAGAGCCUUUGCAUUGAUUGAAUUCACCCCUACUCCACCUUCAACAUUAGCAUCCAGUUUCACGCUUUAAUCAGCCACUCCUACAUUAUUAGAUUAUAGACACUCCCUUUUAGUGCAGAUAACUCCGACGAUCCCUAUCGAUAGGAAAGCUCGAAUAGUGAUCCAGAUGACUGAUAACGAUUAUUAAUUUUAAGGUGAACAAUGCACAUCGGAAUCCUAUAAAGAUGUCAACAACACUGACAUACCAGCAUUGACAAGUUCUUAAUACACUUGUUAAAUUGCAAAUAAUAUAUUGACUGUUAGCUUAUAUUAGAUAUUCAAUACUACUCUCAAAUUUAGUUUCAGUAUAAAGAAUCCCAAAUUUGUGAAAUCAUCAGGAGGAGGAUUUUAAGUAAUGUCAAUGCUUUCAUAUGCAAAUCACAUAGUAGAAUAAGUGACAGUUUUGAAUAUUUUAUCGACAUCUGCCUUAACCUGGGGGAAUAAUAAUGACAAUUUAGUGACUUAUUUUUUAUGGGGAUUGAAAUUAUCAGAUACAAGUUUGCCAUCAUAAUUGAAAAUAAUAAGAGACACUGCACAAAAUCCUUAUUUUAAUUCAUUAAAAUUCACUUUUUUCCCUUCAAGCACUACUCCAUUAAAUUUGAAAUUAAGAGUAACCUUAAGUUUGACAUCUGAUAUAGGUUCCAUGAUUUUGGAGGGAAGUCUAUAGGAGAAUCUGCCAUAAUUUGACAAGAACCCAGUUUCAUGCAGUGUCACUAAGGUUUAACCAAUCAAAAUAGUUUGCUCAAAUGUUGGAACACUGAAUCUAGAGAGCACAUAUUUUAUAUCGGUCAAAAUGUCGUUUCCGAAUUAAGCUACUCCAGGAGAUCUUCCAGCUGAUUUCGGAUUAAUCCAAUUAGAAUCAUCCUCAAAUGGAGUGGCAUAUGAUGCUAUACCUUUAAUCCCCUCAGGUAGAGAUUCAAAAGCCAUUUAUUCAACCUUGAAUAGUGUGGCCAUUAUAAGUUCGAAUAGUGGGAAUGGAUACACCUUUGCACAUUCUUAACGCUUUUCUGAUCCCUUUGCAUGUCCCACCAGUUCCUCUUUUGGUUUACAAUAUGCAGACUAUGAGCAAAGAUUAAUUUUUACAGCUAGACCAUAAAUUACAAGUUUUGCUGCUUCUGUUCCCACUCGAACAGUUGGGUACUAUUUUUACACUAAUCCAAAAAUAUUAAAAGGGACUUCAACUAUAUUGGCAGAAAGUCCAUUGUAAUUUACUCCAGCUUUAACAUGCACCCCAACUCCUGCAGUUUACACCGCAUUAGAUUUCGUAUUUAAUUCAGGAUCUGACUAUGUUUAAAUUGAUAAUGCAAAUAAGAAAUACACCUCUAUCUAAUUGACUAGAAUACCAGCUGCCUCAGCCACCAUUUAAAAUGUGUUUGGAGGUAAUGCAGCAAAUAAUUUAUAUACUGUUUCUAUAGGGCCUGUGUAUAUAUAAAAUAAUGGCUCUUAAUUUUGCGGUGAAGAUCUAAUAGAUUUCAUCGGUUUUACUGCAGAAAUUGGAAUUCCAUCUAACACACCUAUAGUUCCAAUUACAGGAAUUAUUGCUGCAAACUCAUAUACAUUAAGUGGACCUAAUCAAAUGAAUAAUCUCUACCUAUCAAUUGCCAAUUUCUGGACAGGUACUACUGUAAAAUUGGAUGGUACAUACUUUCCUGCUUUCAUUAGAGUGACAGGUUUCUUGGAACAAGCAAUUGUAGAUAAAGCUGCGAGAUUGGCAAUAUUCUUUAACAAUUUAUCUCCAUUCUCUGAAGGGACAUCUCCUGAAGGCAAACAAUAUGUAUCUUGUUCUUCGACAUUAAAUCGAAAAUAAAAAUGCUAUGGUUACACAGGAAGUGAUGAUGCUACCAAUGCCUUACAGUCAGUCUAUAAUCUACAUAGAGUUGAAUUCAUUUUAGAUGAUACAUUUUCAAAAAGCGGGCCAGCAUCUCCAUUUCAAUUAGUCAUACCUGUAAGUACUGUAAGAAAUGUUAAUUAAUUGACUUUCUUUUUGGCUAUUAUCUCAUCAAAUUAAGAUGAUAAAGUCUAUAGUCAUUUUAUAGCUUUCAAAAGUGCCUUAGUCUCUUAAACGAUGAAUGCCCCUUCUUUGGCUUUAGUUGACCCAGUAAAUGCUGGCAUUACCAAAACUGGUCAAAGUUAUAAACUGGAUCUUAUUAAUUACUCACCAAGUGUUGGUCAACAGGACUCUGCUGCCCAAGUAUACUAUGGACACACACAAGCUACACCUAUCAUUACCCCCAAUAGUGGAGCACUGUAAGGAACAGCCUUCUUUUAUCAAGGCAAAUGGAAUAUGAUAGGACCUAAGUUCAACACUAAAGGGUUAAUUUUGAAUCCAUCCUUAACCUAUGAAUAGAAAUGUGUUCCUUAUCAUUACAAUGAUUUCUAUGGGUUCUUAUGUCCAAUGAUUGGAGAUACAAUUAUCACCUCCAUAUCUUAGUACAUUAAAAUUGAAGGCUUUAAUUAUCCAGAUAAAGGAGUCUAAACUCCUACAGGAGGUUAUUCUGGAUGGAGUGAUAAAAAUGGUAAUUUACAAUCAUACUCUCCUGAAUCAGUGAGCACAAUAACUGCUGGUCAAAUAUAAAUUCCCUUAGAUAUUUUCCCAACAAUUUAAAGAAGCUACUAAGAUUAGAUAGUCCAAUGGAUCUUCACUACUGUAAAUAACAUUCCAAAGGAUGGAUAUGUUUCUCUCUCCUUCACUUCAGGAUCUUGGCCAUUUACAGUAUCAACUGCAAGUCUGUGUUAAUUAAAAUCAAGCUAAGCAGCAAAGCAAAUAGCUCAUACAUGCACCAUAUCAAAGACGGAUGGCGUCGAGAUAAGGUUUACUUUUGCUGCCUCCUAAGCAUUCCCCCCUGAUACUUAUACCAUAGUAUAAUAUGGGAUCAAUAUGCCAGAUUCAAGUUCAAAUGACUAGGCUUACACAAUAACUACAUAUACAAUUUUGAAUGUUAUUAUUGAUGCGACUACUGUUGGAGCAGGAACUUUGAAAUUUAAUAACACUCCUCUUACCCCUAAAGUGGAAGUUGGGGAUGUUCAAUUUGAAAGGAUGAAUAAUGGUAUGAGAGGAAAGUUCCAAUUUACAUUCAAAUUAAUCAAUCGUGGCAUCCUAUAUAAUCAGUAGAUAAAUUUUGAUCUCACAAUGGUGGCCUCAAGUACAGUAUCCAAAUCUCAUUGUUCCAUUCUGAAUUCGGAUGGUUCUUAGAAUUUCGAUUGGAAAUCCUUUGAAGGAAGUUCAUUUACUUUGAUAACAAUAAGACCAGUUAAUGAUUUGAGCCCAGGAAAUCUCUACAUUUUCAGAUGCUUCAACAUUUUGACACCUAAUACUUAUAUGGCCCCUCUUGUCAAGGUCUUGAGUGGUUCGACUAUUUUGUCCCAAGGAACAGCUAGUAAUACUGCAUUGACCUUUUAAAAUACGCCUUCUGUUCUAUCGGCAACUGGUCUUACAAUAAGUAAAACCUAUCCCUAAGCUUAUGCGAUGAUUGAACUCAAAAUAAAUUUAGUACUAAGUUCGCCAUUCGACCAAAAAUCUACGAUUUAUGUUAACUUACCAUACUAUUAUAAUUCAUAUGACAAUAAGAAAAGUCUAAGUUGCUUGAUGAGUGAUGCCGAUGCAUAUUGCUAAUAUGAUAACGAAAGGACAAUCUCAAUUAAAUUAUUCACUCUUACAAUAGAUUCCUUCACAGUAAUAAAUUUAGUAAUAGCUGGCAUAAUUCAACCUAUAUCUACUUAUAACGAUGAUUAAAUAUUCAUAAUGGUGGAUUAUGAUGAGGAUAAAACGACAAUAAAUGAAUAUGGAACAUUGAGUGAUGUAGCAGUUUCUUCUACAGUUCCGAUAUCUCUGAUAAUUAGGGAUUUCGAAAUCUCUAAUGUUGGAAUCAGAACCGAAUCGUAAUACACCUAUUAUUUAACAACUUUAGGUAAUAUAUAAGUUGGAUAAUAUCUGGUUAUUGAUCUCCCAUCUAAAGAUUAUGGUAAAUUGGUUUAAUUGAAGCCUCCGACUGCAUGUAGUGGAAUCUUGGAAAGUGAUGGAGUGACAUCCAUUAUCUCAAAAUGUGAAACAUUGGGAAAUAGAAUUCUAUUACAAUUUGAAGGCAUGCUCCAAGCCAAUACAAAAUACAUAGUCAAAAUUACAGGGAUGACCAAUAUGGAAGCAUCCUCUUGUUAUAUUGGAUUGCCAAUCUUCAGUUUGAUUACAUCAGACAAGACUCAAAUCUAAUAAUUAUCAACCUAUGUUUACUCAAACAUCCAAUAGUUUAAGUUGAAUGCCGAUUCUACCAAAAAUACUAUCUAUUGGAAAGAGGAGACAGACAAUGAUGUUAAAUAUACAAUCUAGUCGACAGAUGAAAUCUUGAGACUGAAUUACAAUGAAUUACUCUUAAAACCAGGAUAAUAUAGUAGAAUAAUUUCACUUGGUUAGAUUGAACGUGGAUACAAUAAGAAAUUAAAGUUCAGUAUUAGUUCCAACAGUGGUUUCUUCAAAGUCGUCAAUGAUUUAAUAGUCUAUCCUGGAGAUGGCAAGGCAUUGACAAGAAUAGGCUGUUCAGGAUCGACAAAUCCUCAAUCAUAUUACUUAUAUUUUUCAAAAGAAGAAUCAGACACUCCCACUUAUAGUGAAGCAGGAAUCAUCUAAGUGAUGAUCACAACAACCAAAACUGAAGUCACCACUUAGUUUCCUUCAUAUGAUGUUCCAAUUUUUAUGAAAUCUAUUCCUGUAUUAAUAGAUUUCUCAGGGAAUAUUCCUGUUGAAGAUCUAUUAAUUGAUUUUGAAUUGAUUCCUUUUAAUGUUGAUAAACCUGCAGGUUUGAAAUUUCAAUCUACUUCAGAUACCAAAAUGAAUGUCUAAGUCACUUCAGAUAACCUUAAAAUCACAUUCAUUAUUUUCUCUGAGACUGAAGUGCAAGAUAGUGACAAAUUAGAUACCAUUGAUUAUUAUUACAGCACUUUGUUGAUGACUUUCAGUGGAAAUUCAGCUCCAUAUUUUGUGUAAUCAUCCGCAUAAACUAUAUUCAAAUUGGUCAAAGAUAACACAGAUGCAAUCAAAAAGAUUGGAUGUGUUUACUCCAUGCAACUAAAUCAAUUAUCAGAUUAUUCCAAUAAGUAAAUCAUUACUUUUCAAUCGGACUAAGAUUUGAUCAUUUAUUAUCAUGCCAUAAUGCUGAAUGGAUUCGAAAGAAGUUUUGAUGACGUAAAGUUAUUUUCUGAAAAUAACACUUAAUUGAGAUAUUCAGAUUAUUAUUAAGAACAAUUUGGACAACUUUAUUUAUAAGGAAAGACUAAUUAUGUUCUAGAAUUGAAGAAACUCAAAGCUAGAACAUGGUAUAAAAUUAAGAGUUGGGCUGUUAAUUUAUAUGAUAUGUAGAAUAAUACAUAAUAUGUUGAGUUCUUCACUCAAAACAAUAAUGGCAGAUUGAUGAAGUUGACCUUUCAUUUUGGAACUGAACUCAAUGCUGAAAGUAAAAAAGCAAUAGCUUGUUGGCUAUGCUACACUUUUGCCUAUCCCUGCUAUGAUGUGCUGAGUUACGAUGCCAUCUUCUGCAGCGAUUCAAUCAAUAAAGACUUAUCAUUCAAUUCUACUGCAGUCUAUUCCCAAUAUAAAAUGCUCGAAGAGACCAAUACCACUACAGAAGGGACUCCAACAGAUGAAAACAAUUAAGAUGAAGGAGAGGAAGAAGUAGAUGCUGGAGUGGAAACAGCAGUCUAAUAUUAUUUCAUUCCAAAUCAAGAUCUACCUAAUGAUAAUAAUUGGAAGUAGGUUAUCGCUGGAGUGGAAGAUACUAAUUUCAUGAGAUACUUUGUUGGCAAUUUAACUAACUCUACACGCCUAUUCUCAGUAGACCCUUUGGAAGAAAUAACUUUUGAUAAAUCUCCAGAAAUCAUCAGCACUGUCAAAUUUACAAGAGGUUUAACUUGGUUAUCCCUUUCUGACAUUCGAUUAAGAUAAACAGGCUUAGUUUGGGGUUACAUUACUCCCAAAUUCAGUGCUGGCACAUAUGCUACAGAUGGACUCAUACCUUCCAGUAUUCAAAUGAAGUAUUUUGCUAAUCCUCUAAAUUAAUCAAUAGAUUCCGCUUAUUAUUUCAUUAAAUAUUAUUCAUCCGAAUCCAUUAGUCAUAACUUUACUGAUCUAUAGCCUUCUAAGUGGUACAACAUAUACUUGAUAGCUACUUAAGACAGUCCGAGUCUCUGGACUGAAACCUCAAAGGUUUAUUCAUUUACAAAUAAAACUUUGCGAAAGUCAUUUGAUGAACCUGCAGCUAUAUAUGACACCCUAUUAUUAUCGAUGGUCAUAAUCUGGUUAAUUUAAUGA